UUUGCUCAUUUUGGGCAGGUCUAUGUCCAAAGUGCUAGAUAAGAUAAGAUAAAUAAGUGAAAAAAUAUUUUGACAUGCCUUUGAUGAAAGGACCAGCUCCGGUUAGGAGAACCAUGAAAUAUUUAGAAGCUGGAACAAUUAUAUUUAAAGAUUAUGUAAAGAUUAUGCUCAUGCAUUACAAUGAUGAAAAUUCUGAUUCAAAAUUAUAUCAUAAAGGUAUUAGAGAUGUAAUAUUUUGGGAUGUACCUCAAAUUCAACACAAAAAUCGAUUAGUUCAAAUUGUUAAGGUUGAAAACAUGACCCCAACACCUUUCAUAAUGUUUUAUUUAGAUGGGUCUAAGAAAAUGUUUAUGGAUGUGUUUGCUAAAAGUAGGGAAGAAAUUAUGUCACACAUGCAACUUAUUUUGGGGAAAACUAUCGAUGAAUUAACCAAAGAGGCUAUAAAAACGGGCCAGAUCAAGAACCCAGCCAAUUUUGGACCCACUUAUCCUAGGGAAUGCAUAUCAGAAGUUCCCGGUCAAGUUUUUGCACCUUGUCUAGGCAGACUACCCGAUAGCAUGAGAGGCAAAAAGCUAUUUCCUGAGGGUAGAAUGGCCCGAAAAAAUAAGAAUAGUGUUUGGGCACUUAUUUCUUGAUACUUAUUAUAUAUUUGUAUAAAUAUAUUUAUAUAGAGUAUGUAUUUUUUAUAUUUACUGUAAAUAAAUAUUCUUAUCUUUUA